AUGUCCGGUGUCGAAGUAGUGAGCCUCGUGCUGGGGGCAUUUCCACUGGUCAUCAGCCUGCUCGAGCACUACCAAGAAGGCUGUGAAACGCUCAGAGACUGGGUUCUUUUUCGACGCGAACUUACUCACCUUGUCAAUCAGCUGAACAGGGAGCAGAUUCUUUUCAGGCAGCACAUAGAAGGCAUGCUGUUGUCUAUAAACGACUCGGAUUUCGAGACGAAGGUGAUGAUGGAGGACUUGCAGUGCGAUCAAUGGAAGAACGCAGAGCUCACUGCAAGGCUCAAGAGGAAGCUCUGUGGCGAAGGCGAAUUCGAAAACUACCAAUCCUCUGUCUAUUCCAUUCAUGAGAACCUUAACAAGAUGGCUCAAAAAUUGAAGAGCUGUGAACCGUUGGAUGAACCAGCAGAUGGGACGUCCCACAAAGGCCUCCGACUUCAAAAACAGCUGCGCAAGCUCCAGUUCUCUCUCCGCAAGAAGAGGUGGCAAGAACAAGUGGUUGACCUGGGCAGACAAAUCGACCGCAUUGGCAAGCUUCUCGGCGAGGCUGAAGCACUUGCACCGGCGAGACAAUCGCGCAGCUCAACUAUAUCUCAAUAUUUUGAGCAGGCAAAGAAACAAGCCUUAAGUUUACAUAAAGCCAUCACUAAAGGUUGGACGUGCGGCUGCAGGAAUGACCAUACAUUUAAGUUGGUAUUGGCCAGACGGUCCAAGGGGAGCCAUCAAUUAGAGUCCGGCUCCCCCAUGCUCAUCGUGUUGUCCUUCUCCUUACGCCCAGGCAUGUGGACGAGAUCCGAGACCCUAACAAAGGUGAACAUUUGGACACCUACAGCAACGUCGAUGAAUUGGGGUCGAAUUCAACCCCAAGUCUGUCAACCAGGUGCGACCACGGUGCCGACAACGUCGACGACAUUGUCGUCCGGCCUGCGCAGUCGGAAGAUCUCAUUCCAAGGAAACGCACAACAUUGGAAGCACUCCGAUCUACUGGCGCUCACGAUUCCGGACAAGCCUCUUCCGAUAAGCGAUAUUUGCCAAAGUCUCCAGAGUAUAGGCGAGAAGACCUGUCUUGGGUAUUUGGAGGACGGCCAAGGCGCGUACCACGUCUUCCACACCUCACCAUCCUUCUGCUUCACUUCGGCUGAUGUCGACCGAGUGAUCAGCCUGGGGGCUAUUCUCGACAAGACAGCACAAGUCAGUAGCAAACGGAUUGGUCCGCAGCUUUCUAGACACGACAGAUUGUCAAUCGCCUUGACCAUGUCUUAUGCUUUUCUCGAGUUGUAUCCCACGCCUUGGCUCCCUAAAGGGUGGGACAAGACGGACGUGUACUUCUUCCAGCGCAAGAAUGGCGACAUCAUAACUGAGCAUCCCUUUGUAGUUUGCGAGACUGCGCCAGCGGCGCCGAGAAAGGAACAAUGCUCGGUUCAGACCCUAGCAGGAGAAGAGAAACUACCAUUCUGA